GAUUCUAUUGACUACACAAAGCUCCCGCGCUAUCAAAAUUCAGUAAAAAUGACGCAACUGGAAGUAGAACCAGUUAUUUUGAAACAUUACACGAUUGAGAGACGCAUAGGAAAAGGGGCUUAUGGGAUAGUUUGGAAGGCGGUGAAUAAGAAAACACAUAAAAAAUUGGCACUCAAAAAGAUAUUUGAUGCUUUCAGGAAUCAAACAGAUGCUCAGAGGACGUUUCGAGAAAUAUCAUUCUUACAGCAAUUUUCUAAUCACCCAAAUAUCAUUCGUCUUUUAAAUGUUAUAAAAGCAGAAAACGACAAAGACAUUUAUUUAGUUUUUGAAUACAUGGAGACUGACUUAAAUAAUUGCAUCAAAAAAGGAAAUAUUUUGAGAGAUGUACAUAAAAAGUUCAUUUUCUACCAGUUGUUGCGAGCAGUUAAGUAUAUUCAUUCCGGGAAUGUCAUACAUCGUGAUUUAAAACCAUCUAAUGUUCUGUUAAACUCGGACUGUUUGGUGAAACUAUGUGAUUUUGGCUUAACACGUUCAUUGACAAAUACUCUAGAAAAUCGUACAACAUCUAUGGAAUCAUUUAUAGAUGGAGAUGAUGAUUAUGAAAAUCCUGUAUUAACCGAAUAUGUAGCUACGAGGUGGUAUCGGGCACCAGAAAUUCUACUAGCUUCAAAUCGUUAUACAAAAUAUGUAGAUAUAUGGAGCUUAGGGUGCAUAUUAGGUGAAAUGUUACUUGGUAAAGCAUUAUUUCCCGGUACAUCAACAAUCAAUCAAAUUGAGAGAAUCAUAUCGGUUAUGGAAAGACCGACAAUACAAGACAUUGAAUGCCUUCAUUCAGACUACGGUAGAUCAGUGUUGGAUAAAGCUUUUCAGAAACCAUAUCGUCCCUUACGUACGUUAUUUUCAAAUAAUAUAGACGAACAAGCUUUGAAUUUACUUGAAAAUAUGAUUCGAUUGAAUCCAGAGAAACGCUUCACUGUUGAACAAGCAUUAAAUCAUAGUUACGUGGAAGACUUUCGUGAUCCUUCAUCUGAAAUCGUAUUAAAACAUCCAGUUACCCCUAUUCUAAGAGAUGACAAACAAUUAAGCGUAUCGGAUUAUCGUCAAAAAUUAUAUGAGAUUAUAGUGGAAAAGAAAGCUCAACAUAAAAUGCGAAAAUUGCUACGCUCAGUUGAACUGAAUGAAAACAAAACAACUGGAAAUUCAUUGGUUUCUAAAAAAGAAUUGAAUUAUGAAAAUACUUCUAGAAACAAAUCCCAAACUGAUCUGAUUAACCAAAAUAUCAAUAGAGUUGACCGUCACGAUCCAAAACUAAGUAAUACAUUGGGAAACCAACAAUCCAAACCAACUGAAACAGCGAAUCAAUAUCAAUGCCACUCUGAUUCUAAUGAGACGAAAUCCUCGUCAGAUUCAUAUAAUUCGCAAAAUCAAAGUAGCACAAAUAUUAAUCACAAUAUAUCAAUCUCAUCACCGGUGAAUCAUACAAAAAAUUUACACAGCAAUAGUGCAUUUGAAAAUGAACAUAUUUCUCAAUCCAAUGUAUCUAAUCAGCCGAAAUCCACAUCUGUUUCUACAAUUAAAGCAAGCGCGAACUCCAAUCUAGCGAACAAUAAGAUUAUCAAUAACAUAUCUGACGAAUUACAUAAACGAGUAACGUUACCUACCUCAUCUGUCAGUUCACAAAAAUAUAAACAUGAGUUUGCUCUAAACUCAGAGAACCUAAAUAACACCCAGACCAUGAAAAUCAGUAUGAGUAAAGAAGCAAAUAACCCAGUUAUCCUUCGGGGAAACAAGAAUACAAGUUUCGGAAGAAAUUCUCAACACACACCCUCAGAUUGUUGGUUCAGUAAAAUGAUACUAAAUACUAUCAUCAUUUCUCGUUUCAUUAUAUCAAGAAUACUACACCUAACGUGAAGCUUAUGUGUACACAUUAAUCGAAGGAGCAGGAAAAUUCACUUGAUUACUAAUAUGUCCUAUAUAAAUUAAAACACAAAAAGUCAACCGUCUGAUAUAAACCAUCUUUGACGUUAUUCAGAAUCACUCAUUACAAAUAUAUUAGUGCAUAUAUUAUCUAAUUAAUUCCUUUCUGCAUAUUUCGCCGAGAAAUAUUCUAUUCUUAUACAAUCAAUAGUUGUGUUUCAAAUGCAUCCUAUCCUGAUUUGAUGUAUCUUUCAAGAUGGUUACAGACACAUGUACUAUUGUCUGUUGUUUAUCUCACCAUUAAAUGUUUUAUAAAUAAUCCCCUAUACGCUACCCCUCCCACACUCUUGAUUAACUUCUACGUUGAAGAGAGAGAGUGAAAUUAAAAGAAUUGACAGCUUUUAAAUAUGCAUACACAUGAAAAUAAGGUUCUGCAGGAGCGAUAAACAUUAUAAUUUAAUGAUUUAUCAUAACUAUCGACAAAACAAGCAUAAUCUGUAAACAGUCAUUCAAAGUCUGUGGAUUAAUUUUUUUUUUUAAAACAAACAAGUUUUACACAUGAAUAUAUGAUAUUUGAAGAACAGAAUCCCUGCUGUGUUCUGCCUCAUGAAGUAUGAAAAUAUGGAAUUAUGCUGACGAUAAUGAUUUCUAAGCUUUUCCGAUUGAAAUGUACUCGUACAUCCAUACUCACUAACUAGUUUUGGUUUAUCCAGAUGUUAUGUUUUAUAAAUCAGAAGCAAAGGAAAUGGUUAUUACAUAUUAUGUAAUGUUACACAAUAUAUAUUGAGAACUUACUGUAGUGUUUGUAUGCAUGAAUGUUAGGUUGGUCUUCUUCUUAUUUUUUAAUAUACACUAACGGGAUUUAUAAUCCAGUUGCUAAAUUAAGUAAUACUUGCGUCAUUUGUAUUCUCUUACAUAUUUACACGCAGGUUGUACACGUGUACACACGGUACAUAUGUCAAUAAAUAAUUGUUCUUAUAUAUUUCAGGAUAAGUAUAUGUGGAACAUAAUCCCAAAAAAUAUUUUGUUUUUUUAAGAAAAAUUAAAUCCAAGAUUGUUUUUCAUUAUAAAUUUAAAUAAGUCAAUCAACUGUCAGUAAUCAUAAAACUCUGAAUAUA